CAACUGUAGGAACAGUUCUGAUCAGUGAUCCCAGUCCCACCACCUCUGGUGCUUCUUUAUACAUCAUCAUAACCAUACCAACCGCCAUUUCUUAAGCUCCAAGCCUGUCCUCCUCCUCCAUUACUAACCACUGACUACCCAUGAGUCAUAAUGGUUGAUCAAACAGCUAUUUUUGAUUUUACUUUUUCUUGCCAAUUUUGAUUCAGGGAACAGAAAGUGGUCAAAUCAAGAAGUGUUGUUGUGUUUCCAAGCUCUGUUUGGGAGAGCAAAAUGAAGUUUAAUAAAGUCAAUGAGGUUGUCAAAGUUUUCAAUGGUGAUCAUGAGACUGAGAGUCCUGUAAAGGGUAUUUGUGGUGCUGAUCAGAGUAAUGAUGGUGCCACUCAAGUGCAAAAAAGGGUGAGACCCAAACAGAGUCUUGAUGCAACUAGUGGGAAGAGAAAGACUUGGGGAGCUGAGACUGUUCAGAUUACAAAGGGAGGCUCUGGAUUGAGGUAUAGUAUGGAGGAACAAUGUAAGGAAUUGAGUGUUUCUGUUGAGAAUUCUGUGGGAAUGUCUGAAUUGAGCGAAAAAAAUGAUGAAAAACAGACUAAGAGAAGCCCGGUGAAGGUUUCGAGGCAAAAAUCUGAAGUGAGUAAAAAUGUGGAGGUGAAGUGUAAGGAAUUGAGUGAUUCUGUUGAUGGAAGUAAGAUUCAGAUUGCGAGGAAAAGGUCUGAAUGGAGCAAGAAUUUGGAUGAACAGACUAAAGAAUUGAGUGUGUCUGCUGAUGGGAUUAAGAAUAGUCCUUCUAAGAUAAGGAGGACAAGGUCUGAGUUGAUUAGGGAGCUUAGUGUUUCUGUUGAUGGAAUGGAGAAAAGUCCUGUUCGGAGUAUGAGGACACGAGCUAUGGCACAGAAAGAGUCCAAGGGACUUGGUGGUGAAAUUGAUAGGAGUUCGGUUCAGUUGAGAAAGGUGAAGUCUGCGUCGAGUAAGGGGUCCAGUGUGGCGAAUGAGAGUAAUGCUGCACUGAGGAAGACGAGAUCGGAGGCUAGUAAGGAUUCGAAUGUGCCUGGCAAUAGCAGUGAGGGGGUUUCAUCUGAAUUGGUCAAAUUUGAAUCACUUUCUGACAAAGUUGUUGGUGAUUCUGGGAGGAUGUCAACUGAAUCAGGGGACUCGCUAUGUAAGUCCAUUGAGCUUGUUGAUGAGUCAGAAAAGGUGCUUGAGGAAUCUGUUGGGGGUAUCAAGGAGAGCUCAGUUGGUAUUGCUAUGUGUAGUUCUGAUGUAAAUUCUGAAGAGCUUAUUGAGUGUGAAGAAAAAACGAUCACAAGCAAUCUGGUUAAUGUCAGUCUGAUCAAACCUCCUCCUAAGCUAGAGGUGACUGAUGAUGAAGAUGAUUGGGAGGAAGAAUUAGAAUUAGAGGAAGAGUUUGAUGAGGAAAUCGAGACUGAAACAAUAAAGAAAAGCUUGGAUGUGAUAGAAAUUGGCAUUCCAGAAGAGAAGGCUAAGAAGAUUGUGAUUGAAGAAAAGAAAAUUCAAGAAAGUAAUUUACGAUCAUCUCCCACUUCAAUGACAGUCAAGAAGCAGACUCCUCCUGUUGCGAUUCAUCCCAGAAUUGUCUCAAAAUCCACAAAAACUACAGCAAUUCCAGUUGCAGAUGAAUAUUAUUCAGUGCCCAAAAGACACAGCAAACUGCAGAGCUUAGUUGAUUUGGUCAUGUGGAGAGAUGCAUCAAAAUCAGCAUUCAUCUUUGGACUGGGAACUUUUGUCAUAAUGUCAUCUUCUUACACCACAGAUCUCAAUAUAAGUGUAAUAUCUGUAGUUUCCUACGUGGGUCUUAUUUAUCUUGCUAUAACUUUCCUCGUCAGAUCAAUAAUACAGCGUGGAGUUACAGAAGAGGAUGAAACAGACCAAGAAUAUGUCUUUGGGGUAGAGGAAGCAAUUUGGUUGCUAAAAAUGAUUCUUCCAUAUGUAAAUGAGUUUCUGUUGAAAGCAAGAGCUCUGUUUUCUGGUGAUCCUGCAACCACAAUGAAGUUGGCAGUGCUGCUCUUUGUUUUAGCAAGGUGUGGAAGCUCCAUUACUAUUUGGAAGAUGGCCAAAUUAGGGUUUUUCGGAGCUUUCACCGUACCAAAAAUCUGCUCUUCUUACUCUUCUCAGUUAACUGCAUUUGGUACAUUUUGGAUUCGACGUAUACGAGACGCAUGGGAAUCAUGUUCCCAGAAGAAGGCAGUAGGGUUCUUCCUUUUCACUCUCAUCUGGAACCUUUCCUCCGUCGUUGCUCGGAUAUGGGCAGUGUUCAUGGUGUUUGUGGCUUUUAAAUACUACCAGCAAUCUUUAAGUGACGGGGAGGAUUGGAUCAAGGAUGAUGCAGAAGAAGAAAUUAGUGGAAAAUCAUCAUCGUCAUUAGUGUUAGUUGAAGAAAAAAAGAAUAAAAGUUGCAAGCAAAUCAUUGGUGGACGCAUGAGAAGACAAGGGCCUGGGCCUACUAUACUGGAAACUAAGAAACCAAAGAAGCCCAUAUCAUAAUUUAAUAAUCGGAUGGAUAUACAAACAAGUAUAUAUUAUAAAAAUUAUUAUGAUAGCACACUGGUGGAUUGGACCACUUGCAAAGUUGCAAUGGUGCAAAUUUGCUCCCACAUGCAUUUUAUAUUACUGCCUUAAACUUUAAUAAGUAGGAAGCUCUGUAUAUGUUCCAAGGUUGUGGCUACUUUUACUUAAUUGUAGUUUAUUGGGUUUUUUUUAAUAAAAUAAUUGAGCGUGUUUGUUGGUUUCAAGAA